AUGGCGGCACCAGAAAACCCCAAUUCGUUGCAGAGAGUGAAGGUUUAUCGUUUGACUGAAGAUGGUAAAUGGGAUGAUCGAGGAACUGGUCACGUCAGUAUGGACUAUAUGGAGCGAUCUAAAGAACUCGGUCUAUAUGUAAUUGAUGAAGACGAUAAUGCGACAUUGCUUGUACACCGCGUCAGCACUGAGGAUAUCUACAGGAAGCAAGAAGACACAAUUAUCUCAUGGAGAGACCCAGAGCGCUUUACUGAAUUGGCUUUGAGCUUUCAAGAGACUGCUGGAUGCUCUUUUGUAUGGGAUCAAAUAUCCACUAUGCAACGGAAUCUACAUUUCAAUUCUCUGAACAGUGAAACAUUUCACAACGUGAACAGUGAGUUGAGGGAACUUCCUGUUGUUGGGCUUUCUUCUCUUCCCCUAAUACUCAAGAUUGUUACUGAAAGUGGCAUUACAGAUCAGAUGCGGUUAGCCGAACUUAUGUUGAAGGAUGUAAGUAUUAACUGCCUUCCAAAGUUCCACUGUUACUUUUUGUAUGAAAGAAAUGGGUAUCCAUUCUUGUCCUUUCCAAUUCUUUUUACUCUUGAUUUCUUUCCGAAUUUGAUGAAAGUAUUUGACAUCUGUGAGGACUCGAAAAAUAUUGAUGGCCUUCAUGUGAUGUUCAGUAUUGUCAAACGAAUCAUUUCAUUCAACAGUCCUCAGAUCCUGGAGAAAAUCGUAGGGGAUGAACUGAUCAUGAAAAUUAUUGGGUGCCUUGAGUACAAUCCCGAUGUUCCUCAGGCUCACCAACAUCACCGGAAUUUUCUGAAGGAGCAUGUUGUUUUUAAAGAGGCUAUACCAAUUGAAAAUCCCCUAGUUCUGUCGAAGAUACACCAAACAUACAGAAUUGGUUAUCUGAAGGAUGUUGUUUUGAAUAGAGUAAUAGAUGAUGCUACAGCUGCAAACCUGAAUUCAGUAAUCAAUACAAACAACGCUACCGUUAUUGCACUGCUGAAGGAUGACAACACUUUUAUCCAAGAGUUAUUUGCAAGGUUACGGUCACCUUCUACAUCUGUGGAAUCCAGGAAUAAUCUGGUAGAUUUCUUGCAUGAAUUUUGUAGUUUGAGCAAGAGCCUCCGAAUGGAACAGCAUCUCUCAGUCAUUAGGGAACUUAUGAAUAAAGGAAUUUUUGAUAUCAUAGCAGAAGUCUUGCAGAGUCCAGACAAAAAUCUCGUAUUAACCGGGGCAAAAAUCCUCCUUAUUUUCGUGAAUGUAGAUGCCAACCUCUUACCCUCUUAUAUUGUUCGAACGGAAGGAACUCCCCUCCUUGGUCUCUUGGUUAAGGGAAUGAUGGAAGAUUUUGGUGAUAAGAUGCACCACCAGUUUAUAGAAAUUCUUAAAGCUAUACUGCCAAGUGCAUUAUCUGGUGGAGCUCAGCAAGCAAAUAUCAUGGAUAUUUUCUGUGCGGAGCAUCUACCUGAGUUAGUUGAUUUCAUUACUGCAUCAUGUCCUGAAAGGCCGGGCAAUACAUCUGAAGGUGCAUCCAGAAGAGGUGGUAGCGAUUGUGUGGCAAAGCCCGAAGUCUUAUUGAACAUCUGUGAACUGCUGUCCUUUUGCAUUCCGCUAGAUUCAUUCAGGACAAAUUUUCUCCAUAAAAACAUGACAGAAAAGGUUUUGCAUCUCAUGCGAAGAAAGGAUAAAUCCGUAGUGGCUGCAGCUAUUCGAUUUCUCCGUACUCUCCUCUCUCUCCAUGAUGAUAAUGUCCAGAGUUACCUUGUUAAGAACAACAUUCUGAAACCAAUAAUAGACUUUUUUGUUGCCAAUGGCAACCAAGACAAUCUGCCGAAUUCUGCUGUCCUGGAACUUCUUGAGCACAUACACAAGGGAAAUGCAAGUGUAUUGAUCAGAUACGUAGUCGAGACAUUUUGGGUCCAGUUGGCUCCAUUUGAAGAAAAGCUGGCCUCCAUCCAGGCUUUCAAAAAGAGAUAUGAGCAGUGCUUAGAAAGUAAGGGACCAGAGAGCACUGAUCCAGUUGAUCUGAGACGAAAUGAGCGUGCUUCGGAUAAAGAGGAGGAUAAUUACGUCAAAGAAAACAGCGAUGAAGAAAAGUCAGCUUCUGCUUCGGAGAGACAGGAAGAAGAAGCUAAAGCCCAUAGUUCCAAUGUAGUAGCUGGAAGUUGCGCUUCUUCAAGAGAAGAUGAGCUAGAGCAGUCUCAAAGACCGAGACAAAGACUCUGUUCAACGAGUGAAGGAAACAAGAACUCCCCAGAACAAGGUGGCGAAGCUAAGGAGCCUGAGAACUCCAGCAGUAGUUUAGAUGGAGAAAAAGACAGCAGAAGCAGCAUGGAAAGCUAA